UGUCAGCAUAAGUGAACGAUAUCGAUUCUUCGUUAUGGCGUCUUCAGCAAUGGUUUUGGAUCCCAAACCUGUACUGGAACCGCUGCCGUCGAUUCCCAAACAACCCUUAACCGACCAGUCCAACUCCGACGAAGAUGAUCUCUACAGCCGUCUAAAGUCCCUCCAACGUCAGCUAGAGUUCAUCGACAUACAGGAAGAGUAUGUCAAAGACGAGCAAAAGAAUUUGAAGCGUGAGCUCCUCCGGGCGCAGGAAGAGGUAAAGCGGAUCCAAUCGGUGCCGCUUGUGAUUGGGCAAUUUAUGGAGAUGAUCGACCAGAACAAUGGCAUCGUCGGCUCCACUACAGGGUCCAAUUACUAUGUCAGAAUCCUUAGCACAAUUAAUAGAGAGCUUUUGAAGCCUUCUGCUUCUGUCGCUCUGCACCGUCAUUCUAAUGCUCUUGUCGACGUUUUGCCUCCUGAGGCUGAUUCCAGUAUUUCUCUACUCAGCCAAUCCGAGAAACCUGAUGUCAAUUACAAUGAUAUUGGAGGAUGUGAUAUUCAAAAGCAAGAAAUUCGUGAGGCAGUGGAACUGCCUCUUACUCACCAUGACCUUUACAAACAAAUUGGAAUAGACCCCCCUCGUGGUGUAUUGCUUUAUGGCCCCCCUGGUACUGGGAAAACCAUGCUUGCCAAGGCUGUUGCUAAUCAUACGACUGCUGCCUUCAUCAGAGUUGUUGGCUCUGAGUUUGUUCAGAAGUACUUGGGCGAGGGACCCCGCAUGGUUCGUGAUGUCUUUCGCCUUGCUAAGGAGAAUGCACCUGCGAUUAUUUUCAUUGAUGAGGUAGAUGCUAUUGCUACUGCUAGAUUUGAUGCUCAAACUGGAGCUGAUAGAGAAGUUCAAAGAAUCUUGAUGGAACUUCUAAAUCAGAUGGAUGGGUUUGAUCAGACGGUGAAUGUUAAGGUCAUUAUGGCAACCAAUCGGGCAGACACCUUGGACCCUGCACUCCUUCGUCCUGGAAGGCUAGACCGAAAAAUUGAAUUUCCAUUGCCUGAUAGACGGCAAAAGAGGCUUGUUUUCCAGGUUUGCACCUCUAAAAUGAAUCUUGGCGAUGAGGUAGACUUGGAGGAUUAUGUUUCUCGGCCAGAUAAAAUUAGUGCUGCUGAGAUUGCAGCUAUUUGUCAGGAAGCAGGCAUGCAUGCAGUGCGAAAAAAUAGGUAUGUCAUACUGCCAAAGGACUUUGAAAAAGGUUACCGAACCAAUGUGAAGAAGUCAGAUACAGAUUUUGAAUUCUACAAGUGAAGAAAACCCUUUCUAGUUGAAAUCAUUGCUUUAUCAAUGUGAUAGUUUACUCAGGCCAUCUUUGUUUCACUAUGGAAUUAGUAACUAUAUACAAUUCUUGGAUUUCACUAUGGAAUUAGUAACUAUAUACAAUUCUUGGAAUCAAAUGCCAAAUUUUGGUUUGGUUUACAAAGAAUUCACUUUUUUAAUAUAUACUUUUUAUGUUUGAUAAA